AUGGGACAUGAAUUAACCCAUGGAUUUGAUGACAGAGGCCGUGAAUAUGACAAACAUGGAAAUCUACGUCCUUGGUGGAACAAUGGAUCAAUUGCUCGAUUUCAGAAACAAACAGAAUGUAUGGUCAAGCAGUAUUCAUCGUAUAAAGUCAAUGAUGAGCCUGCUUAUGAAGAUUGGGUAAAAACGAAUGGUGCCGAAUUACCCUUACCUGCGUUGGGCUUGACUCACAAGCAGUUGUUUUUCUUAGGAUUUGCACAGGUGUGGUGUUAUAGCAGCACAAAAGAAGCUCAGCAUUUGCAACUCCUCAGUGAUCCACAUAGUCCCAAUGAAUACAGAGUAAUCGGAACGCUUUCCAACUCAUGGGAUUUUGCAAAACAGUUUAAUUGUUCAGUUGGAAGUCGAAUGAAUCCAAAAUCCAAAUGUGAAAUCUCACCCCCUGCUUCCUCACUUUUCUCUUCAACUCCCAUCCUCCUCCCCCUCCUUUUGUCUCCCCUCCAGCGCCUUUUCACCUGCUUGUCAAGAUUCCUGUACAGGCUGUUCAAUUCUUCCCAUGUCAUGUGGUUCCUCACCUGGUCCCUCUUUCCUUUAGCUUCUUUUCUCUUAUCAAUCAGAUCCCAUGAGGUUGCAGUGAUCCAGCAAUCAUAG